CAGAGACCUCCCUCAGACCAAGAACUCCCUGAGACCAGACCAAGACCUCCCUGAGACCAGAGACCUCCCUCAGACCAAGAACUCCCUGAGACCAGAGAGCUCCCUCAGACCAAGAGCUCCCUGAGACCAAGAGCUCCCUGAGACCAGAGACCUGCCUCAGACCAAGAGCUCCCUGAGACCAGAGAUCUCAUAGAUCUCAGGGACAUGAGACAGACCACCAGCAGCCUCUGAGGGGAGACAUGGACAAACAGAAAGUCCACCUGUCUGACUCUCCUCCUGUCUGUCUGUCCACCUGUCUGUCUCUCCUCCUGUCUGUACCUCCACCUGUCUGUCCCUCCUGACUGUCUGUCUCUCUCUGUAGUGCUGGCCAAGCUGAUCUGGGACCUGCCGUCCUUCCUGUCUGUUCUGGAAUCAGAGGAUCUGAGUGAUGUUGCUCAGACUCAGAAGAAACAGAUCUCAGAGCUGCUGAGCCGUCUGCAGGCAGACCACCAUGUGGAAGAUGCCGAGUACAUGAUCAUGAGCUGUCCAUCAUCGUCUCCUAGCAACGAGCCAGCAGACUCACCUGGGACAGAAGAAGUCCCGUUACAUCAGGACUCACCUGUGUGGCUGAGAGAGGGGGUGCCGCCCCUCCCCCCAGGAGGUCCAGGAGGUGAUGAUGCUGAUGAUGAAGAUACCUACGAGGAGGCGGAGCCUUACCACCCGUCUAACACUGAGAAGCCGGAGUCAGACAGCAGUCACUACGAGUCGUACGGGGAGGAGGAUGAUGGUGAUGAGUCUUUGACGGACAGCGCUCACUACAUCCAAUGGAGCGCCUCGCAGCCCUGCCUCAGGCCCGCCCCCGAGUCCCGCCUCUGUGGCUACCUGUGGAGGAGGAAGUGGCUCGGCCAGUGGACCAAGCAGCUGUUCGUCAUCAGGAGUGACGUGCUGCUGUGCUAUAAGUGCUCUCAGGACCUGCGCCCUCACCUGCAGCUCUCUCUGAUUGGCUGUCAGCUGGUCUACAAGCCCAAGAGCAGCAGGAGGAUCCAGCACCAGCUGAAGCUGCAGCUGGGCUCACAGAGCCUGGUGCUGGGCUACAGCAGCCUGCAGCAGGCGGAGCAGUGGAGGAGGGUGAUCGAGGAGGUGAGUUCUGCAGGUGAGCAGACCCCAUCAGACCAGCUGCUGUCCUGCAGGUCCAGUUCAGUGCAGACGGACUCUGAGGAGGAGGAGGAAGAGGAGGAGGAGGAGGAGCCUGCAGCCGGCUACCUGAGCAGAGACCCAGGCGUCCUUAGCGUGCUGAUGAACUGUCAGUGGCAGAGUCUGCUGUGUCGGGUGGAGGCGGGGCUGCUCAACAUGUUCGGAGAGGAGGAGGAGGAGCAGGAAGAGCAGGUGGAGGUGAAGAGGUCACCUCAGUACACCGUCCAGCUGCGAGGGUGUGAGGUCACCGCUGACCCCGCCCCCUCCCUCAGGAUCACACUGAGCAUGCUCGGUGACCAGGUGGCCGUGCUGGAGGUGAGUAGUCCUGGUGAGAAGCAGCGUUGGUUGAAGCAGCUGCAGGAUGGAGCAGCUGUCACUCAACAGCUCUCAGCUCUCAGUGGUCUGCAGACUCGGAGGUUUCCCACCUCCAACCCCUACAUGUUCGACCCCUUCCAUCUGAGUGGAACAGUCCAAGAGCAGCCCAUCUACUCCAACACCUCCAUCCUGGAGCACAUGCUCCACAGCUCUCAGGAUUCAGUCCGCUUCAACUCGUCAUCGUCCAGAGACUCAAAGAGCAGCCACGUGUUCACCAACAACAGAGCGGUGGAAGUGGCGCAAGGCGUUCAGAAGCUGGAGCUGGCGGGGAGGAGGACGGUGCAGCUGAGGGCGGAGUCGGACACCAACUUGGCGUCCGCCGGGAGGCAAAACAAGCGCUCCUCUUUCAGACAGUCGCUGGCCAUCUGCAGCGAGCGGGCUCAGGCGGGUUUCCUGAAUCCUCUGCUGCGCCGGACAGCCUCGGCUAAGAUCUCUCUGAGACGAGCUCCUUCAUCGCUGUUCAUCGAACACGGGAAGGUGUUCCAGAGGAGGAAGGAAUGGGAAACCAAAGCUGCUGCUUGACACCAUCCGUCCAUCAUCAUCCGCUUCAUCACCAUCUUUGUUUGUCAAUUCUUUGUUUUUUAUCGUACUAUCUUUGUUUUUGAUCGUCACAAUCUUUGUUUUUGAUCGUACUAUUUUUGUUUUUGAUCGUACAAUCUUUGUUUUUGAUCGUCACAUCUUUGUUUUUCAUCGUCACAUCUUUGUUUUUGAUCGUUACAUCUUUGUUUUUGAUCGUACUAUCUUUGUUUUUGAUCGUAAUAUCUUUGUUUCAAGACAUUUUAGGCGACCAACAUGUUAUAAUAAACUUUUAUGAAGUGAAAACACAUGAUUAAAUGGUUAAAUCAGCUUUAACACAUGAAUCAUUGGCUUCACUUUUGUGAUAGUGUU